ACGACGGUACGGCAGAGAGAGGGAGGAGGCGACGCGGAUGACACACACAUACACACCCAGCCGUUUUCUCACACAGGGAGGACAGGAGGACGGCGAAGAGGAGAAAGGGAGAGAAGAAGAGGAGGAGGAGGAGAGAGGAAAGCGCGCAGAAAGAGAGAUCCGUGGAGAGAUGCCCGCUGGACGGAUGGAUUUUAUGUUCCCCGAGCUGUACGAGCCUCUGUAAGACGACAUGGGCUGCAUAGGAUCCCGGACGAUCACAGCGGAUGCGGUGCCGGUACGGAAAGAUGGGGAUCAGCAUGGCCGUGCUGAGUUUUCCUGGGAAGGAAUCAAUUUGUCCAUGGAGGACACUACUUCCAUUCUGCCUCGACUCAAGAGGAAGCCCACCAACACCUAUGGGAUCGGUGCCCUGGCUAAGUCCUCUCUGUCAGGUGUGUCAGGUGUGACUCGCUCCAUGAAGGAUAAAGUGACCAAGCCCACGGCCAUGGCCCAGGGUCGCGUUGCUCACAUGAUUGAGUGGCAGAGCUGGGGCAAGCCAUCUGCAGGGCCGCAGGGGGGUGCGGGACAUACCAACCUGCAGAGGGAGAAGGAGAGGAGGAUGGAGAACGACGCAUACAGUGACCUUAGUGAUGGCGAGAAGGAGGCUCGCUUUGCUGCAGGCAUCAUGCAGCAGUUUGCGAUCUCCGAGGCAACUCUGUUCGGCUGGACCUCGAUGGAUGGGGAGAGUAUGGGAGCUGGCUCCAACCAGGGCAGCGUCGCUCACCUCAGCGAGGUCAACCAGGAGAGCAUCACCAGCAGAGACCAGGUGCUCCAUCACUCCUCUGCAGACGUCUGGCCUCACACCUACGUCUCGCAGGGCCUGUACUGCCUGUCAUCCUCUGACGCCUGGGACCCGAUCACCAGCCAGCCCUCCGGUGUGGCCUCACCAGCUGCAGGCUCCUACAUCAUGGCUGCUGGUGGCAGCAGCGGAGCAGGGGGUACACCUGGUGAGGGAUACGAGGGGACAGUAGGCAGUUACCUUCAGCAGCACCAGGCUCAACUCGCCCUGCAGCAGCAGACUCAAUUCCAACAGCUCCAACAGUUCCAACAGCUCCAACAGCUUCACCAUUACCAGCAGCAACAGCUUCUGCAAUUCCAACAACAACAGCAGGUGGAGAUCGUUGGGCAGGUGAGUGGACAGAUGGCUGACAUGGUAGUGGGAGUGGUGGACACAGUCGGAGAGGAGCCAGAGCCCGAGUCUGAAGGCAUCUUUGAGCAGCAUGAAGAGGAAGAGGAACUCACAAAGGUAGAAGAGGUAACAUUAACUUUGGAGCCGGAGCCGUGCUCUUUGACCCCAUCUCCGCUGAGAGAGGAGGCCCCCUCGACCAGAGGCUCAAGCCCAGGUACGCAAGCACAGAGUGAAGACUACGUCACGGAGAGGAUACCGUUUGAUGUCAUGCCCUGUGUCGUCCAGUUGCUGGAAGAGAAGGACGAAGAGGCGGAGGAGGGCUCUAUUGUUGUUGUUGCAACCAACUGAAAUCAUAGUCACACAAAGACAGGAAAUAAAUACUCCAAUAAUCAAUCAAGCUAUUAUCCCAACCUGUCCCCUCUCAACUAUUUACCCACUUUGAGUCGGGGAAACAGGAAAAGACCUUUGGAUGGAAAAGGUGGGCUGUAAUGUACACACGACAAGAAGCCCCAUUAGCUACUGCGGGAAAUGUGGAAUAUCUGACAAUGAACAGAUGAAAACUGAGGUAGUUGAGGGACUUAAUUCAGUGACUUCUAAAACAAAAUGGAUUAACAAAAGGUUUGAACCAAGUGGACCAAAGAGCCAGGACUGGAGGCUGAACAGGGGACAAAUGGAAGAAGGUAGGACAAGAAGAAGAAAGGGCCUAGUUAACAAUGAAUUUGCAAUACCACAAACAAACAAAACCUGAUUUGGGUGAAACAGUAUUUGCAAAUAAUUCUGAGUGCACCAGAAGCAGGCACGUGUCACAGUAGAAAAAAAAUCCUACAGGACCAGAACAUCUCCCUAGUCAGAGAGACUUGGUUUUGCUUUGACUGCCAGCUAGACUGAGCCCUACCUGACGUGCUCUGAUGCAGUAACCCGGUCCAAGCUGAUGCUCAAAACAACCUGUGGUAUACGCUCGGAGUUAUUUGCAAACAUGAUCUGGACACAACCAAAAGAAAGUGCAUGCUUUUUAACAGUGACCUAGCCCUAACAGUAUAACACAGUAUACAAAGUAAUAAUAUAUCAAAUUGCUUUUUAUAAUCCAUCCAUCCAUCCAUUUUCCUCCGCUUAUCCGGGACCGGGUCAUGGGGGCAGCAGUCUAAGCAAAGAU